UUUCUGUUUCAAGCGACUUUUCGUCUUGACUUAGUUUAGUGUAGUGAAUUUUCAUGUACUAUUGGGUUGAUGACCAAAUGUCAAAUUCACGAGAAUUGCAACAGCUUAGAAGUAUAAGCGAUGGAAGAAUGUCUGGAAGAAAACAUAGACGAGAUAAAAGCGAAAUUAGUUGUUGCCUAAAGUAUUUAAUAUUUGGAUUCAAUGUAAUAUUUUGGCUAUUAGGUCUUUGCAUUUUCAUUGUUGGAAUCUGGGCCUGGACUGAGAAAGAUAUUUUUAACAACCUCAGCAGACUAACAAACAUCACUCUAGAUCCAGCAUUUGUAUUCAUUGUUGCAGGUGUGAUUACUUUUACUAUUGGAUUUACAGGUUGUGUUGGAGCCUUGAGAGAAAAUACUUGCUUAUUAGCUUCUUAUGCAAUCUUCUUAGCUAUUUUAUUACUGUUGGAAAUGACAGCUGGGACACUUGGCUUCAUCUUUAAAGACUGGAUUAAAAAUCAAGCUACAAAUGGCUUCCAGGCUUUUAUUGUUCAUUAUAGAGAAGAUCCUGAUCGACAAAAUCUGAUAGAUUGGAUCCAAGAGCAAUGGCUGGAAUGCUGUGGUAUUGAAGGUCCAAAGGACUGGGAUAUGAAUGUGUAUUUCAACUGCUCAAGUGUUGAUGUUGGUAGCAGAGAAGCUUGUGGAGUGCCAUUUUCGUGUUGUAAGCCUCAACCGAAUGAAGUUAUAAAGAAUAAGCAAUGUGGUUAUGAUGUGAGGAAGCAGGAUUAUACAGGUGAUAAGUCUACGGUGAUCUACGAGAAGGGCUGCUUGAGAGCUGGUGAAGAGUGGAUAGAGGCUAAUCUGGUGCCGGUGGCGGGAGUGUCGGUUGGGGUGGCUGUGCUACAGGAACGUGACAGAUCUCGUGUCAUUUUUGAGAAAGGUUGUGUGCGUUCUGGUGAAGAAUGGGCAGAAAAGAAUCUUUUGCCUUUAGCUGGAUUUGUUUUGGCUGUUGCAUUUGCUCAGAUUUUGGGCAUUUGUUUUGCUCAAAACUUGCGAGCUGACAUUUUUGCUCAGAAGGCGAAGUGGCACUGACAAAUAAUGUCAGCGAGGUCUCACCACCUGUGCUGACAAUAAAUAAAUAAAGCAAUCAUUGUUACUUUUUUUAUGACAACUAUCUAGUGAGUUGUGGACUUCUUCAUGCAGCCCACUCAGUUAUCAUAUUUAUAACGUACACUUGACAUUUUUCCAGUCAAGUUUUACUGUAUACAAUUGCUUAUGUCAGUAGAACCAUAACCUCCUUGAGGAACUACUUAUAAUAUGUUCUACUUUUGCAAAAUCAUUCUCUGCCAAUUCUUGCUGAUGGGAAAUAUCAUCAGCAUUUUUCAACAUUCAAUGCCUGACUUCUUUUGUCUGCAUUUAUACAAACUUUUCAAUUUUGAUAUCUGAAAUUUUGUGAAAGACUGGAUUAUUUCAUUUGCAAAUAGUAUUGACUUUUGAGUGCUUGUGGAGAAUUUUUGUCUUAAGAAAAUAAGGUCCAAUUCAAGAUUAUGUGAAGCUUUAUUCAAUAUUUUUUUUAGCUUUUAAUAUCUUGUAUGUUGAAGUUUUGUGUAGAUGUGAAUGAAUAAGUUCUGUCUGUUUUUUUAUAUGAAUUUAUUUAUCAUUGUAGUUAUAUAAUAAUUUUUUGAAGGAAAAUCAUUGUGCAUGUAUGUCUAAAACCAUAAUUUCAAAAUAUCUAAAUGAUUUUUUUUUUUCUUUGUUAUCCUUUUGGGAGAAGCCAUUGUACAUAUGCCUAAAAUUGUAAUCGUUUCAAGGUAUGUGAAUAAGUUAAUUUUUGUUUCCUUAAAAAUGGAACUAAUACAUAAUGUUUGCAUUUAUGUAAAGCAGAAAAAAAAUGUAUUUCUUUACACGAGGAAUUUAUUUUCUCAUUUUUUUUUAAAUAGUGCAUUAAAGUAAUAUUUAAAAUUACUAAAAAUUUAAUAGAAUAUAACAUCAGCUAUUAAAAACUUAAAAGAUAGUCAUUGUAUGCCCAUAAUUCUUUCAUUACCUUACACACUGCUUCUAGGUUGAAAUUGUAUUUUCAUAUAUUCUUUUAAGUGCUUUUAAAUACUUAGGUGCAGAUUUUUCCCUUCUACAUUUUGUAUGUACGAGUGGUUCUCUAUUGCAAACAUGAAGAGAGUUAUUAAAGAUUUGUUAAAGCUGACAUCAUAAGAAAAAUAAAGAUAUUAAAUAAUUGUUUUAAAAUAAAAUUUCUCCUUUAUUGAUAAUUGGUUGUUUAGAUUUUUCUGAAUAACAGCGUAUAAUUAAAAACUUCCACCCUCCCCAUUUUUU